AUGGGAUUCCCAGGACCUUGGAUUGCGCUUAUUGAAAGAUGCAUUGGAACUUGCUGGUUCUCGAUGCUCAUUAAUGGCGCCCCGGCAGGUUUCUUCAAAUCCACCCGCGGGCUCAGGCAAGGCGACCCCAUCUCCCCUGCCCUGUUCGUUUUAGCUGCAGAUUAUCUCUCACAUACCCUUGACAAACUUAUUCUUGGGCACAAUGAGAUGACUUUUAAAGCCACCCGUGGAAGCUUGGAGAUCAGCCACCUCGCUUAUGCUGACGACAUCAUUAUAUUCACACAAGCGGCCACGACGUCCCUCAGGAGACUCAGAGCGUGCCUCGACCACUAUGCAGAGGUGUCGGGCCAACAAAUCAAUCUAGCCAAUAGCAACUUCUACAUUGCCGAUGCGCACGAAGGAUGGUCGAACUCAAUCCAAACGGAAGGGGGUUUCUCUAGAGGUACUUUCCCUUUCCUUUAUCUGGGGGUCCCUAUUUACCGAGGUGUUAAGCGCUCAGAUAUGUUCAUGUUCCUUCGGGAAAAGAUAGCGGCGAGGAUCUCAGGUUGGGCCCAUCGACACCUGUCCUUCGGGCGGAGACUCACCUUGAGAUCAAGAGCACGCUUGAGGCGGUCCCACUGCAUAUUUUCCAAGCAAUUGAGUCUACGGGUGGAGCCCUCAAGCAGUGGACCAACAAAUGGCUUGCUUCUUCUGGGGCUCGACUAG